AUGGCUAGACUGCACGAGAACUAUCCGCGCUUGAGCAAGCUCCCCAAAUACAUACUGGAAGAUUUACAUGAAACGGAUGGAAAUGUCAUCGACCACAUCACCAAGUUGUAUCCUGACUUCACCACCAAAACGAAAGUUGACUUGGUGCACGCGCGUGCCUUCCUAAAUCGUCGGAAGAAUAUGGUAACGACACUUGAAGAUGCGGAAAACACGAUACAAUUUAUCCGAAAGACCAUUCAAUCUCGUCAGCAGAAGAGGGCCCAGGAAAUGGAGGAGGAGCAAGCAGAGUGGUUGCGAGCCGGAUCUCAUCCUAACAAAGUCUUCAAAACGUUGUCCAUUGCUCAGGGAACGUAUGGAAGAGCAUUGAUAAACCCUCUGGCAUCUCCAGACCUUGAGGUGUUGAGGCAGUACAUUGAGAGGUACAACAAGCUGUUCAUUGACGCACAACGUAAGGAAAUCACGUUAGUGGGAACUUUGUACGAAGGCUUUGGACGUGAUCUCGCGCGCUACUUGUUUGCUGCAAGUCACAGUCCUAUCUUUGGGCCUGAUGCGAUGAAGAUGCAUCAAACCCUUUUGGAGGAGUGGUAUCGAGAUGGUAUGACAAUCGACGCGGCUGCUGAUAAACUGGGGAUUGCAACUACGACCGUCAAAGGCACCUGGAUCAAAUAUCUGUACACCUUUAUCGAGUACAGCGCACUGCUCCACACAAAGGGUCGUGUGAAAGAGGGUACUACCUUCUCGUAUCUGAAGACAAGGAUUGGCGACUACUUCUUCUCAUUGCUGAUAGCAGAUGCAAGAAAUCUUGGUAACACUUACUUAGUGGAUUGGGAGAAAGAACUGUUCAAGAUUUGGAAGAAAGAGGGCGUGACGCCCAACGAUCUGUACAGAAAGGUAAUUUUACGAACAAAGUAUUAUAAAAGUGAUCCAGACAGAAUGCUGGAGGAAGUCAUCCGCAAUCGAUUCGCUACAUGGUGGAACAAGAACGAGUUUAAUUAA